CUCAAAAAGAAGCAGGUCUAUGUUGAGAAGGUGGAGAAGAUGCAGCAGGCCCUGGUGCAGCUGCAGGCAGCGUGUGAGAAGCGGGAGCAGCGACUGCGGACCCGGCUGGAGAGAGAGCUGGAGUCGCUCCGGAUGCAGCAGCGUCAGGGUACAUCCCAGGCUGCCAAUGUCUCGGAGUACAACGCCACGGCGCUGAUGGAGCUCCUGCGUGAGAAGGAAGAAAGGAUCCUCGCUCUGGAAGCUGACAUGACCAAGUGGGAACAGAAAUACCUGGAGGAGAGUGUGAUGAGGCAGUUUGCUUUGGAUGCAGCUGCAACUGUGGCUGCUCAGAGGGACACAACAGUGAUCAACCACUCGCCUAACCCCAGCUAUGACACCUCGCUGGAGGCUCGCAUUCAGAAGGAGGAGGAAGAGAUCCUGCUUGCCAACAGGAGGUGCCUCGACAUGGAGGGAAGGAUCAAGACUUUGCACGCCCAGAUCAUUGAGAAGGAUGCCAUGAUCAAAGUCCUGCAGCAGCGCUCGCGGAAGGAGCCUGGUAAGACAGACCAGCUCUCCUCGAUGAGACCUGCCAAGUCGCUGAUGUCCAUAUCGAAUGCUGGCUCGGGCUUGCUGUCCCACUCGUCAACACUGAGCAGCACUCCCAUCCUGGAGGAGAAGAGGGAGGACAAGAGCUGGAAAGGCAGCCUAGGUGUUCUGCUGGGAACAGAAUAUCGCUCCGAAUCCAUUCCCUCCACCCCCUCUCCUGUCCUUCCUUCCACACCGCUGCUGUCAGCCCACUCGAAAACAGGCAGCAGAGACUGCAGCACCCAGACUGACCGGGGGAGUGAUCAAAGCAAAGCUGUACCUUCCACUGCAGCUCCCACACCAGGACGACUCCCCAGUACCAGCCUGGCCUACAGUGCAGACAAAACAGAUGGGCCACUCUUCCACUCCAGCACUCUUGAAAGAAAAGCUCCUGUUCAGACCAUGGGGCAGGACCUCCCAGACGGAGAGAUGGUAGAAUACCUCAUCUGAAAGGCUGUACCGGGAUCUGAGCUGGGAUACAGUAGCAAGAAAUUUUUAAAAGACAUUUUUAUUGGGAAAAAAAUUGUAGUACCUGAAUAAUAAAAGAACACUCAGCUGUUUGCUCUUGUAUAAUAUGUCUCAAAAGUAUGGACAGGUUAAUUUAUAAUUUGUUCUAAAUUAUAAAAGACCCGUAACACUUGUUCUUUGAAAGUUUCCCCCUUUGUUUGUUAAAUCCUGAAUCUGGUAACAUCUGGAGAAAAAAACCAAGAACUUAGGUGCAUCUGAUUUUUCAUUUCAGUGUUUUUAAAGUCUCUUAAACAGAAGUACCUGCUCUCCCAGCUGUUGAUUAAAGUGUCCAGCUUGAAUGCAGUAAGAUGGGCAUCAUGGCCUUAUAACGAUCAGGACCAGGAACUUGUUCUGAGCAUCACUUAAUGGUUUCAGAAUACAGGUAUUCUAAGAAGCUUUUAUAACUUUGAGCUUU